GUUUCCCAUCACUAACCCUUACUACCAAAAUAAAAGGGAACCAUUAGCAAUGUGCAGUUCGUUGUUGUUUUAUAAUUUGAUUUAAUUUUAAAUAAUCAGUUAUACGAGCGCCAGUUACAGGAAAACAGCAAAUUCGGUUUCGUUAUUUCAAAGUGCGUUCAAAAUAUGAAAGAACGUGUGCUAUCCAACAGCGAGAAACUCUUUGUACAAAAGGCUGUACUAGAGUCUACGAGAGUUGAUGGUCGCACUUUAGAUGAAUUCCGUCAGCUGCGUAUUAACUUCGGCUCAGAAUGGGGCAGCGUGCACGUUUCCCUGGGAGAGACCCGAGUUCUAGCACAGGUUAGUUGCGAAGUUGUAACUCCUAGAGCAACAAGGCCCAAUGAAGGGACAUUAUUUAUUAAUGUUGAGCUGGGACCGAUGGCGGCAGCUCACUUCGAGCCCGGUCGACAGUCAGAGGCUAGCGUCCAACUAAAUCGAAUUUUGGAAAGAGCCAUUAAAGACUCCGGCUGUGUGGACUUAGAAUCGCUUUGCCUGGUAGCAGAUGAAAAAGUGUGGAACCUACGGGUGGAUGUAAAUGUACUUAACCACGAGGGUAACAUAAUAGAUUGUGCCUCGGUUGCAGCGCUAACUGCAUUAGCGCAUUUCAAAAGACCCGAUGUUAGCUUGAACGGGGAGGAAGUUGUAAUACAUACGAUAUACGAAAGAGACCCAAUUUCAAUUGGCAUCAAUCAUUAUCCCAUCUGCGUAAGCUAUGGUAUAUUUAACAAGGGUAAGAUAGCGAUUGCCGACCCCACAAAUUUAGAGGAACGCGUAGCAGAAGCCAAAAUCGUGUUCGGCAUGAAUUCUUACGGCGAACUCUGCGGUAUCCAUUUGGGAGGAAUAACCUUAACUAGUUCCGAUGUUUUGUUACGAACAGCAUCCAAAGCUGCCAAACGUGCUAGAAUGAUUGUGCAAAAAAUUAAAGAUAACAUUUUGGAAGAUGCCGAGAAACGUAAAAAUAAUAAACCUGUUGGUUUCAAUGAAUGCAUUCGGCUUAAUGAAAUCACUGCGUUAGCUCAAGAUAGGCUCUAUAUUCGUCUGAAACGAUUUAAAUUAGAUAAAAAUGCGCAAAAUAACGACAGCGACGUAGACGAUGAAAGUUCUCAAGAUGAACUAAAAGAUACCCACGCAAAAUCAGACGAGGAAACAGUAGAAAUAUCCCGUGACGAUGUACCGGAAGAUAUCCAAAUGGAAGUUGAAGAAACAGUGGUGACGCUGCCAAACAAUUCCGCUGUUCUGGUACCAAAAUCUGCCGAUGCCACUAAUCAGUGGAUUCCAGAGGAUGAAAUGGGAAUUGAGAAGAGUACAAAGAAAACUAUAAAAAAGAAGAAUAAGAAGAAAAAACGAUCUAAGGAGGCGAUUUCUCGUAUGAAUGAUAUUGAUGACAUGAGCAGCAGCGAGGAGGAAACGAUCACGCUAACUUCGGAUGAAAUUAAUCGAUAAAGCAUCAGUAGGUCAGCAAAAUGCCUGAGACUGACAAGUCAAACAAACAUGCUGUUUAUAGAUAUUUGGUAUUUUAUGAUUCCAGCAUGUUGUGAAAAUUCGUCUUGAAUAAAGCAUUUAAAUCGA